UAUUUUUGGUCCUGUUCCCUUAGAGAUGCUGGAGACACCCUUAGCAACCUGGGUAAACAAGCUGUCACCUAGCAACAGAGGGCUUGCAGCCAGGCCCCACCCCAGGAGCCUUGAUUCGUUCAUAUUCAUUGUACCAGACAAGGCCCCGCCCAGGGCAUCCUGUAUUUACAUAUCACCAGGGCAACGAUAGGGCGUGGGAUGCCUGUGCCUGCUCUGUGGGAGGGAGGCCGAUGGGGGACGCAGGGCACGUCGCUGUCAGCUGCCUGCACCCACAAAGUCCGCCCAGAGGAAGCGCUUGGGCUGGGAACAUGGCGGCGUCCUCCAGCGGCCUGGGUGGCUUUUCCGGACUGGGGAUGGAUGCCGGGGACUUCCUGGCCAGAUACCGGCAGGUGCUGAACAAGCUGAAGAAGCGGUUCCUGCGGAAGCCGAACGUGGCGGAGGCCGGCGAGCACUGCGAGGUGUCCCGCGUGCUGCUGCUGCUGCUCCUGCAGCCGCCGCCCGCCAAGCUGCUCCCGGAGCACGCCCACACCCUGGAGAAGUACUCCUGGGAGGCCUUUGACAGCCAGGGCCAGGAGAGCGGCGGCCAGCUCCCCGAAGACCUCUUCCUGCUGCUCCAGUCCCUGGUCAUGGCCACCCACGAGAAGGACACGGAAGCCGUCAAGGCGCUGCAGGUGGAGAUGUGGCCGCUGCUGAGCGCCGAGCAGAACCACCUGCUUCACCUCGUGCUGCAAGAAACCAUCUCCCCCUCGGGACAGGGGAUCGGAUGACUCGCAUUAGCCUGGUGACUUUGCCUGCUGCCAGACCUCAGGCACCCGCCUCUGCAUUUGGAGGGAAAUAAAAGAUAUUGAUCACCGCCG